AUGGGAGAUAUCUAAGGAUAAUUGAAUGAGUUGAUACAAAAAUACGAGUAGCUAGAAGUUUAAUGGAAAUAAGAGUGUCAAAGUGUUUAAAAGAAGGAUGAACUUAUAAACUAAUUAUAAUUAGAGUUGUAAGAUAAAAAUAAAUUAAUCGCCAAUUUAACUUCUGAGAUAGAUUCUUUAAAUGUCUAUAUUAAUGAUUCUAUUGUUGAUAAAAAAUAAUAAACUAGCAAAUUUAAUGAAUUAGAUAGGAAGUAUUAGAAAGUUAAAGAAGAGUAUCAAAAAUUAAAACAAAAAUUGUUUGAUCGUAAUCUUCACAUUUAGGAAUAAGAAAAAGAAUAUAAUCUUUUGAAUUCUGUAGUGUAAAAAGAAACUGAACGUUUAAUCAAAACAUAUGAAAAUAAAAUUCAAUAAUUAGAAGAAGAAAAAGAAUAAAAAAAAUAAGGAAAUGAAUAGAAGAAAUAAAAAAUUACAUAUGAUAGCUAUAAAAAAUGGUUCAUUUUAUCCUUGGUUUUAUAGCCAUUGAUUUUUGGAUUGACCAAAUUCUUGAGCAAAAAAAAAUGA